GCAGUUUGUGCAUGCCUGUUACUUCCUUCUGUUGAGACCAUUGGGAAACUUUGCAGUAGAGAAGCUGCAGAACAUCAGGAACAGUAUUGUUUUGCAGGUGCUGGUCUGAUCAUGGCCUCCAAACUGAGCGUGCUGCUGCUGCUGCUGACUGUUGCCACGGUAACAGUGCUGGCCCAGAGGCGGCGUCCAGCGUCGACGACCACCGACGAGUGGAACUACAGGGAUGGCUCUGAGAGGGUGAACAUGCGUGGCGUGGCCAACCUGACUCAGGUGCUGGACAACUGGAGGUAUGACAUCCUGAACCAGAUGAAAGGACUCCUGCAGAACGACCACCAGUCUCUGCUGCCCGACUACGCCAGGAUCCAGCCGCUGUCUGAGGCUUUGGACGACCUCUACAAAGAGUUCAACGCCCUCAAAGCUCACCUGGGCGACCUGACUGAGAAGUUCACUGCCAUAGAAACUUUCAUCGACGAGGUCAAGGCCAGCCGCGCCAACACUGCCAACGCUGGCCCGGCCCCCGGCCCAGCUCAGCAACCUGGCGCCAGACAGGCCACGAGGAGGGUGAUGAAGAAGAAGGCCAUCCCGCCCCCCAGCCAAUGAUCAGCUGCUUCUCUUUUCAUAUAUUCUGUCAGUGCUGGCAAGCUUUUGAAUUCAUUAUUAUCAUAUUAUAUGAGCUCUAAACUUCUAAGGUCCACAGAGUAAACCUAACCUUUCAGGGCCUUUUCUCAUUGGUUGUUAAUCACACCAGCAGGUGACAAAACAGAAUUUGGACAUGCAAAUAAAAUGGUGGACAGUUUUUUCUGGGACCACUGUGGUGUCACUGUAUAACAUCACAGCAAACAAACAGUGUGUGCGCUGUUGUUUUAAAGGUCAGAGAAAAGAAGGUAGGUGUGUAAUGAAAAGGACGCGGCGGAGGAGUCAACCUGUCUCUGAAAUUUGACCCCUGGAUAUCCAGACUGUAAAAGUACAUUUAAAAUGAUUAAUGUAAGUGAGUCACUGAUUUAAAACUAUUUCUCAUUCCCUUCUGUUGCUGAACUGGUGAGUUCAGCCAAACAUGCUGGCGACGUCUUGGUCAGCUGAGCUGUUUCUUCUGCAUGUACAUGGGACAAAUAUAUUCUUUGGUUUGGGUUUUCUGCUGCAUAAUAUAAGCUCCAAAUAAAUUCACUUUUUGCAUUCA